AUGCAGAUCUCGCAAAAGAGACAUACAGACUUCAAUAACUCUUCAGACUUCAAUAACUCUUUAGACUUCAAUAACUCUUCAGACUUCAAUAACUCUUCAGACUUCAAUAACUCUUCAGACUUUAAUUACUCUACAGACUUCAAUAACUCUUCAGACUUCAAUAACUCUACAGACUUCAAUAACUCUUCAGACUUCAAUAACUCUUCAGACUUCAAUAACUCCUCAGACUUCAAUAACUCCUCAGACUUCAAUAACUCUUCAGACACAAAUAACUCUUCAGACUUCAAUAACUCUUCAAACUUCAAUAACUCUUCAGACUUCAAUAAUUCUUCAGACUUCAAUAACUCUUCAGACUUCAAUAACUUUUCAGACUUCAAUAACUCUUCAAACUUCAAUAAUUCUUCAGACUUCAAUAACUCUUCAGACUUCAAUAACUUUUCAGACUUUAAUAACUCUUCACACUUCAAUAACUCUUCACACUUCAACAACUCUUCACACUUCAAUAACUUUUCACACUUCAAAAAGAGGAGUUAUGAUUGA